UCUUUGGUGAAGACAGACCUGUGGGACAGCUCUCCGUCCGUGCGACGACAACGACGACGUCGGUUCUGUAGUUCUGAAAGUCUCGUAGAGUUCGAACGGAAAACGCGUGCGCGGCCCAAGAAUUUCCGGAAAAGAAAGUCGUUACGAAACUGCUGCCGGUUCUUGAAGUGGUGCGUGUGGAAUUUGGCGAUUUUUGAAGUGAAAAACAAGAAGAAGAUAAGUUGUCGGUGUUGGUCGAGAGUGUCGAGUAGCAGGUCAAAUCUUGGAUUAAAACCGCCAGUUGGACGGACGAUACCGAUUUUUAAACAAACACACUGCAUACGAGUUUUCUACCCUGGGUUCGUCCGUAGAUUAGAUAUUUUUUAAACUUCGCACAUAAAAUACUUCAAAAUGACGGAGGCAGUGGCAGAUAGCGGAAUUUUCCAUCGGAUAGCAAAGUUCUUCGUAGAAAAUCAGGAUGAGCGAACGACCGGGUGGUUCCUGUCCGGCUCGAUGACCCCGCUGAUCAUCAUCCUGGUGACGUACCUCUACUUUUGCCUGUAUGCCGGUCCCCGCUACAUGGCCAAGCGGAAACCGUUCAAGCUGGAGGGCGUGCUGAUCGCGUACAACGCCAUCCAGGUGGUGCUCAGUAUUUGGCUAGUGUAUGAGGGCAUCAUGGGUGGAUGGAACGGCGUGUACAACUUGCGGUGUCAACCGGUGGACUACUCGCGCGAUCCCCUUGCCAUGAGGAUGGCCGGUGCCGUGUGGGCGUACUACAUCUGCAAGGUCGUCGAGCUGCUCGACACGGUGUUCUUCGUGCUGCGCAAGAAGCAGAACCAGGUCUCGUUCCUGCAUCUGUACCACCACACGCUGAUGCCGGUCUGCGGCUUCGUCGGCGUCAAGUACUUUGCCGGUGGCCAUGGCACUCUGCUCGGCGUCAUCAAUUCCUUCAUCCACGUGUGCAUGUACGCCUACUACAUGCUGGCGGCGAUGGGCCCCAAGGUGCAGCAGUACCUCUGGUGGAAGCCCUACCUGACCAAGAUGCAGAUCGUCCAGUUCGUGAUCGUGUUCUUCCACACGCUGCAGGUCCAGUUCCAGCCGACCUGCGGCUACCCCAAGUCGAUCGCGGCCCUGCUCACGCUGAACGCCGCCCUGUUCAUCUACAUGUUCAGCAUGUUCUACGUCAAGAGCUACCUGCGGGCGGCCAAGCGACCGGCCAAGGGCACCGAAGUCAACAACAACCUGCUGGACUGCAAACCAAAGCAGGAACUGGAACUGACCGCCGAAGAAGUGGACAGCCGGCAGCGAUUGGUGGCGUCCGGCGAGGAGAAGAAGGAUCUUUAAGGACAAAAUGACGUAAACGACGCAAGCGGAAUGUACGGACGGACCAUACGAAUGCUCGACCGGCUACGAGUUGCUGAGAGUCUUACUGAGGUCUUGUUUUUUUGCAGCCUGGUUGGAGCAGAAACAGAAACUGUGUGUGUGUGUGGGCGUGACGGACCGGACGAUUCCAGCUUAUUUGUUUAAGUGACCGAAUUUGUGAGCUUAAAGUGAAGUUCUGUGAAGUUCUGUGUGAAGCUUACCGACACGUGUUGCGGGAGUUGGAACAGACAGGUUGAUUCUUUUUUAUUCUCUCGCUGCAUACCACUAUGAAUUUGUGUACAUUAUUUUUCUAUGACUAGGAAAGCUGACUCUAAAUAGAUUAAUAAAUAUAUUUAAUAAUA